CUGUAGGUCGUCUCGCGAUUCAGAACAAUUACAUUGCUGGUCGGGAACAUUUUAAAUCAAGAUAAUACACUUUUUAAAAACCCAUGAUCCAUGCGCAGAGCUUAUGUUCCCUUUCUCCGUGUGAGAAUAUGACACGUUGCCAAGUUUACUUCCCCUGGAUAGUCUACCUCAGGCGAAAAUGACUAAAGUAGGACUAACCAUAGAAAUAAAAAGAGAGGUUAUGAAAAUGAAUAGGCUACAACACCAUUGUGGAAACAGGUGCUGCGCGAGUGAAACCCCCAGUUUAGGACGACAACAACGCGGUAGAAGAAUUCACAGCCUGCACAAAGUGAAAGAAGGUUUUCCUGCCUGACCGACCUCGUCAGAUAAGACACACACGCCUUUUUUCAGGCUUUUUCCACUCUGCCACCCCCAAGAUGAGCAGGCUGGGCCUCCACAGGGGGCAGUGUUCAGGGCUGCGCCCCAGCCCCGCCGACCCCCAGCCGAGAAGCUGCUGAACGUAACGCACACGUACAGCCACACACACAGAACCUGAGAGCAGGAGCUACACACCCACACACACCGACGGUAGGGUCGAGAUAGAACCAGCGUCUCCUGAUAACGGCCGUGUUUACAUGUGUACAAGGGAGUGGUGUGGUGUUCAGUGACGGGGAAAGGAGAGAGAUCCGCCGAGGGGAGGGGAGCAAGCGGAGGAGGAGUGUGAGGAACACACAGAGAGAGAAACCCAAUCCUCUUCGGUAGCAGAGCUGCGGACGGGCGAGCCUGGGAGAAAGAAAAAAAGAGAGAGAGAGGGAGGAGAGUGCAGAGGUAGAGGGAGCCCUAAGUCCAGCGCAGACUGAGUCAGAGCAUCCAGCCAGGCAGGCAGCGCGUCCUGCAUCCAGAGAGGUGGAGAGACAAGCAGGGCCCCAGACGGAGAGUCAUGGGCUAUGGGGACCAUGGUGACCUAGCGUAAAUGGCUAUUCCUCAGCACAGCUUGGUGCCAGUGUCUGGAGCUCAACCCUCCUCCUCCUCCUCCUCUUCUUGUGUCCCUGCCCGCUGCUGUGCCACGCUGCUGUCCGUCCCCGGCGCUGCCUUCUGCUCUGACCCUGUCGUGCUGCGGCCAUGGUGGCCAGCCUGUGGAAGCUGGUGCGGGGCGUCAGGCAACUGGAGCUCCAUCGCCUCAUCCUGGCGCUCAUCGUCUUCUGCCUCCUCUCCAUGGCCUUCCUGGCCUACUACGUCAGCAACAGCCCCAAGAUCAAGGAGGCACCCCCGUUGCCCUUCAGUGACUGCGGGGGGGUGCCGGUGGCUGUGGGAGGGGGGCAGCGAGCGCCCCUCUUCCUGCCUCGCUCGGGUCGACUGCGCCAGGUGAAGGCCAUGGACAACUCUCGUACGGACCCGGUGGUGCUGGUGUUUGUAGAGAGCAUCUACUCUCAGCUGGGCCAGGAGAUCGUGGCCAUCCUGGAGUCCAGCCGCUUCCGCUACCGCACUGAGAUCGCCCCGGGGAAGGGAGACAUGCCCACGCUGACUGAGCGCAACCGCGGCCGCUACGCCCUCGUUAUCUAUGAGAACUUACUGAAGUACGUCAACCUGGACGCCUGGAACCGCGACCUGCUGGACAAGUACUGCGUGGAGUACAGUGUAGGCAUUAUCGGCUUCUUCAAGGCCAACGAGAACUCGCUGCUCAGUGCCCAACUCAAGGGCUUCCCUCUCUUUCUGCACUCCCACUUGGGCCUGAGGGACUACCGCAUCAACCCCAACGCCCCUCUGCUCUACAUCACCAGACCUAAUGAGGUGGAGCAGGGCCCCCUUCCCGGGGACGACUGGACCGUGUUCCAGUCCAACCACUCGACCUACGAGCCUGUCCUCCUGGCUAGCACCAAGUCCUCUGACACCCUGGCUCACCUGGGGCCACUCAGGGCUAUGCACUCCACCGUGGUCCAGGACCUGGGGCUUCACGACGGCAUCCAGAGGGUCUUGUUUGGAAACAACCUGUCCUACUGGCUGCACAAGCUGGUGUUUGUGGAUGCCAUCGCCUACCUGACGGGCAAGCGGCUCUGCCUCUCGCUGGAGCGCCACCUGCUGGUGGACGUGGACGACAUCUUCGUGGGCAAGGAGGGCACCCGCAUGAAGGUGACCGACGUAGAGGCCUUGCUCAAAACGCAAAACAAGCUGCGAAUGCUGGUCCCCAAUUUUACCUUCAACCUCGGCUUCUCUGGAAAGUUCUAUCACACAGGCACAGACGAGGAGGACCGGGGAGAUGACAUGCUGCUAAGACACAGGAAGGAGUUCUGGUGGUUCCCCCACAUGUGGAGUCACAUGCAGCCCCACCUGUUCCACAACGUCAGCGUGCUGGCUGAGCAAAUGAGGCUCAACAUGCUGUUUGCCCAGGAGCAUGGGAUUCCUACAGACUUGGGCUAUGCUGUGGCCCCCCACCACUCAGGGGUCUACCCCGUCCACAGCCAGCUGUACGAGGCCUGGAAGUCAGUGUGGGGCAUCAAGGUGACCAGCACAGAGGAGUACCCUCACCUCAGACCAGCCCGCUACCGCAGGGGCUUCAUCCACAAUGGCAUCCAGCUUUCCCGUUCUAGACUGCAGGGAGAGAGAGUAUGGAAUCACUUGGGAACUUUUGGAUUUGAGGUGUUACCCAGACAGACAUGUGGCCUCUUCACUCACACCAUCUUCUAUAACGAGUACCCAGGAGGCUCCAAAGAGCUGGACAAGAGCAUCAGGGGAGGAGAGCUGUUCCUCACCGUCCUCCUCAACCCUAUCAGCAUCUUCAUGACCCACCUGUCUAACUAUGGAAACGACCGGCUGGGCCUGUACACCUUUGAGUCACUGGUGAAGUUUGUUCAGUGUUGGACCAACUUGCGGCUUCAGACACUCCCCCCCAUUCAGCUGGCUGACAAAUACUUCCAGAUCUUCCCUGAGGAGAGAGACCCCCUCUGGCAGAACCCAUGUCAUGACAAGAGACAUAAAGACAUCUGGUCGAAAGAAAAGACCUGUGAUAGACUACCGAGGUUCCUGGUCAUAGGCCCACAGAAAACAGGCACCACAGCCCUGCACUCGUUCCUGAGCCUCCACCCUGCCAUCACCAGUAGCUUCCCCAGUCUUGUCACCUUUGAGGAGAUCCAGUUCUUUAGCGGGCCCAACUACAACAACGGCAUUGACUGGUACAUGGACUUCUUCCCCUUCCCAUCGAAUGUCAGUACAGACUUCAUGUUUGAGAAAAGUGCCAACUACUUUGACACGGAGGUAGCCCCUAAGAGAGCGGCCGCCCUGCUGUCCCGGGCCAAGAUCCUGGCUGUACUCAUCAACCCAGCGGACCGCGCCUACUCCUGGUACCAGCACCAGCGGGCUCACCAGGACCCGAUGGCCGUUAACCAUACGUUCCAGGAGGUGGUGACAGCGGGGCCUGCCACCCCCCGAGAGCUGCUCAUCCUGCAGAGGCGCUGCCUUAAACCUGGGGCCUACGCCACACACCUGGAGCGCUGGCUACACCACUACCAGCCCAGCCAGGUCCACAUAGUGGAUGGGUCCCAACUGCGAUCCCACCCUGCCCUGGUCAUGGAGGGCAUCCAGAGGUUCCUGGGGGUUACACCCAUCUUCAACUACACCCAGGCUCUGACGUAUGAUGAAAGUAAAGGGUUCUGGUGCCAGAGGGUGGAAGGAGCACGACCCAAGUGUUUGGGCAAGAGUAAAGGCAGGAAAUACUCUGACAUGACUCCUGAGUCCCGUGCCUUCCUGACGGAGCAUUACCGGGAGCACAACAUGGAGCUGCUGAGGCUGCUGAACCGGCUGGGCCAGCCCCUGCCCGCCUGGCUGAGAGAGGAGCUGCAGAGCUCCAGCUGGAGCUGAGACUGGACCUCCCUACGGAACCACAGCCACAGCCUGGGACUGGAGCACUGCCCUGCCUGGCCUGGCCCGGGGUAAGAGGGCCCUGUUUACCCACACCCAACACCAGUCACUACAGAGGGUGGAAGAGGAGAGAAGGUGGGAGGACAGCCCCCUAUCGGGACAAUGGACUCCUCCACCCUGAAAUGCCACUGUAGAAACCAAUUCUCACGGGAGGGGAAUAAUGACCUCUAAUAAGGGAGUUAACGAGUUGGACUGCUGAAACAACCCUCCCUCUUUCCCCUCGCAGUCGCACACAUCAUCGUCAUCCAGAAAGUAGAGGACUUGUCUCAGCCUGCAGCCGGUUGGAUUGACUGACGCCAGGGUCUGGCAGACUGAGAGGGAGUGGGGGGUCUAAUGUCAUGUUACCCCCCUUUUUAACAGGAACUGAUAUCUUGUGGCCCUGGAGUGCAUGAAUAAACCCGGCAACAUACGUGUGGUCACAAGCUCACACACACACUUCUCAUUUCUUCAGAAGAAUGAAUGUAAAAUGUUGUAAAUUUUAAAGCUGUUGUAUAUUGUUGGUGGGGGAUGGGUGGGAAAUGUGACAAAAUAGACAUGAACUAAACAAGACCGCAAACUCUAGUGCUAUGGACAAAGAUGUGUGCCGUAGGAUGGAUGUAGUGCAUCACAGGCCACGGCUCCUCCAGACUGUGCAUCCACAAGUCUACAGAGAAACCCACACACUUUAACCAUGCACGUUCUCCCUCACUCUCACGUAGGUACCCAGUCAGUGUAGAGCUGUGUAGAAAGAGAAGAGGAUGAGCUAGAGAGAGAGGUUCUAGAUCUUUCUGCUUGUGAGUGUCUGUCGUAACAGGAGCUGCUGUCUUGUUUUGUUUUCUGUUUAUUUUGCCAAAACUACAAAACAAAGACCAAUGCUGUAUCAUCUCUAAUAAACUGAGGUUAGAAUGG